AUGGAAAGUGAAAUAUCUAAAACUGAAUUGAAUGCUAAUUUCAUGGCCACAAACAACACAACAGAAAAAAGGCUCCACCACAAAACUCCUCCAUCAACUUUCUUCCUCUCCAUUCCCACAAUCUCCCCUUCUCUUCUUACUCGGCAAAGAACGAAAGAAAAUCAUUGUGGCAAGGCAAAUCAGAUUAUGAAUUCAUCAUCAUUUACUGCAAAUGUUACGCUAGGAACAAGAAAUGUCACCAUAUUCUGCGAACCAUUCACAAAGCUCGGAAAAUAUAGCUUGGGUGAAGAUCUUACUCACUUUCCCCUUCAACUUUUGAUGCUGCAGGUUGGUUUAGUAACUACCGUAACGAUUUUUCUGCAGUUUUUCCUCCAGCCUUUUGGACAACCCAGUUUUGUCCCACAGGUCCUGGGAGGGAUUGCAGUUGGUCCAUCGUUUUUAGCCCGCGAUGAACGUUACAAGCGGAAGUUUUUUUCACCAAGAAGUGAGAUUGUGCUUGAUGUAUGCGAAGCAAUGGGAUUCACCUUCUUUGUUUUCCUGCUCAGCGUGCGCCUGGAUUUAACAAUUCUCAAGAAAUGUGGGAAUCUUGCAGUUUUAAUAGGCUUCACCUCCUUCAUAUUUCCAUUAAUAAUAACCUUAUUCGCUGCUCACUUGUUGAGGAGAAUCGUUCAAUUAGACGAAGAAGUUCAAAAGAGUCUCACAAUUAUUGCCACCCUUGUAUCCACUACUUCUUUUCAUGUAGUUCUUCAUCUUCUCACGGAUCUCAAUCUUCUCAACUCUGAAUUAGGCCGUCUCGCUCUCUCUUCUUCGAUGAUCAGUGGCUUUGUCAGUGGGAUUUUUCUAAUAAUUACCCUUGCUUUGAAAGAUGCUUUGGAGACCAGCGCAACAUCAAUGCUCUUAAUGCAGUUAACCAAAGUUUCUAUGAUCCUAAUUAGUGUUUUCAUCCUCCGUCGAAUAAUGCUCUGGAUGAUGAGACGUACUCCUGAUGGGAAACCAUUGAAAGAAUCAUACACUAUUGCAAUCAAUAUAAUGGUUCUAGUGUUUUCUCUAUGGGGAGAAUACACAGGACAACAUUACUUCGUUGGACCAAUAAUUUUAGGCUUGGCAACACCAGAAGGCCCUCCAAUGGGAUCGAGUUUAUCAGACAAGAUUGGUUGCUUUGUCUCAGCUGUGCUCAUGCCUUGUUAUACCAUUAAUUUGGGCAGAAGGGUUGAUACAUUUCUUGUUAGCUUUCAGAAUUUUGCAGUUAUAGAGUUUCUGUUCGUUAUAUCUAGUACAGUGAAAUUUGCAGCUGUCAUGAUUCCCUCAGUACUCUAUUACAACAUGCCUUUCUUGGAUGGACUCGCCCUUGGUUUCCUCCUCAAUUGCAAAGGCUUGGUUGAUAUACAAAUUUUUGAACGAGCAAGGCAGGUCAAGGGUGUGGAUACUGAGGUUUUCAGCAUCAUCGUCUUCUCCGCCUUGUUUCAGUCGGCCAUUCUCACACCGUUGGUUAAAGCUGUGUAUGAUCCUUCAAGAAGAUAUGUGGCCUACACAAGACGCACCAUUCAACACUGCAAGAGAAACACAGAGCUUCGAAUCAUCGCCUGUAUUCACGAACAGGAAAAUGUCCCAACACUUAUCACAAUCCUUGAAGCCUCCAAUCCCACCAGAGAAAACCCAAUUGGCGUCUAUGUAUUGAACCUGGAAGGACUUGUUGGAACCGCAUUGCCUCUACUCAUACAACACAACUACGAGUCCUCUUCACAACCCCACAAACAAACCAAAACUCAUCACAUUUUCAAUGCCUUCCGACAGUAUGAGUUUCGAAACCAAGGCCUUGUCAUGGUCCAAUGCUUCACAGCCAUUGCACCUUCCACUACAAUGCACGAAGAUGUCUGCUCCAUGGCACUAGAAAAAUGUGCUUCCUUAGUUAUUAUUCCAUUUCAAACCUACGAUAGCCCCACAAUUAGAACACUAAACAAAAUGGUACUGCAAAAGGCACCUUGCUCUGUCUGUAUACUCUUCGAUCGCGGACAGUUUGGCGAAUCCAGGUCCACGUUUACCGCUCAACUAACAACAAACGUUUGCAUUAUCUACUUAGGAGGUCCCGAUGAUCACGAGACACUAGCAUUUGGUGCAAGAAUGGCAGAGCAUCCGAGUGUUAGGCUUACAGUGUUAAGGUUGGUAGCUAUUAGACCACAUUCGGGUGAUUUGUUCGAGAAAAGGCGAGAUUCAAACAUAAUCAAUGACUUCAGGAUUAGCAACAGGGAUAAUGAUAAUGUUGAGUACAGAGAGGAGAGUGUAACGGAAGGAGCGGACACGGCAAGGCUGCUGCGUUCGUGGGGUUAUAACGAUUAUGAUCUGGUCAUGGUUGGAAGGAGACAUGACAAUGAUUCGCCGUUACUGUCGGGAUUAUCAAUGUGGAGUGAGAUUGAGGAGCUUGGUGUAGUUGGAGACUUGUUAGCUUCUUCAGAUUCUCAGUGUACGGCAUCUGUACUUAUAGUCCAGCAACAAGCUUCAGUUGUACAGGAAAUGCUUCAAAGUUCAAAACAUACAGUCCGGACUCCCUGA